GUUACUUUCAAAGUGAAAUUUAGGGUAAUAGUGAUUUAAUCUCUCUGUUUAGGCUCAUCUUUUUGUUUGUGGGUAUUAGUUUAGUUGUUAGCAUGUAAUUUAUAGUCAUUAACAAUUAACUGAAUAGUCUUACAUGAUAUUUUGAGACUUUGUUCCCAGUACUGGUAUUUAUUUCAUCUGUGUUCUCAUUUCCCCAGGUAUGUGACUUGUGUGAUCCUAUGAGUAUAUUAUACUCUCUCCCUCCCCACCAUCCACAUCAACACACACCUUUGGGCUCCUAUCGAUGUCUUUGGUAUAUUUCAGGACAUUAAAUUUUAUCAUUUAUCAACACAAGACUUCUUCAAACCUUCUAAAUUACCUGUUUUGUCUUUGAUUAACUUACUAAGGUAGGAGCAGACCCCUGAAUACAGUAGGCUCAUCGUGACUCUGUGUAUCAAAGAUAAAUAAUCUUCUUACGUCACUUACUGUCUCUAUGUACACAUCUGAUAAAGGGUUUGCUCUUGUCACAUACAUGAACACAUUGUCACAUAUUUUGUCCUCAUAACAAGUCAUUUCAAAAUACAGCAAAUGAUAGCAAUGGUUACACUGUAAAUAAGCAGUCAGAGCAUGUCUUUCCAAUAAAUGAACAUGUAAGGAGAGAGUUAAGUGGACGUUGAGAGUGAAUCCUACUUAUACCAGGGGCAGCACUGCAUACUGAGAGAAGAGUGGGUAUAAAAGCCCAGCCGCAUAGGUGGUUUGGUGUUUUUAUCAUUGAGGAUGUGUUUUGCACCAAAACACAUGUGUUUUGGUAUCACAUGGAUGUCUUUUUGCAUUGAGGAUGAGAAAGAAGUGGGUGAGAUGUUGGGUCACACAAGGAUCUUGGUAGGAAGGGUUCAUAUCAUCCUUCUGUUGUGUAAAAGCGAAGGAUAGUAAUAACCACUGCACAGAUAAAAAUGAAAUUUGUCAUGUCAGAUGAACUAAAAGUAUUUAAAAUUGUAUGAAUUGUCCUUUUACCAGGUCACCAAGCUCCUUUCCUUGUUUCUCUACCUUUUCUUUUUUGUUCUUCAGUAUUGUUCUUGCCCUGUGCUUAAUUUAUAGAGUUAGCAUAAUUUAUUCCUACCUUUCUCACUCUGCUCCCUUUAACCUUUCCAAUCUGGCAGAAAUCUGUGAGUCAGAGCAACCUCAGAUCAGGACAGAUAGGAGCAAGGGGAGCAGCUGCGAUGGCUUCAGAAAUCCUGGUGAACAUAGAGGAGAAGGUGACCUGCCCCAUGUGCCUGGAGUUCUUGACAGAACCUCUGAUCCUGGACUGUAGGCAGAACUUCUGCUAAGCCUGCCUCACUGCAAACACCAAGAGGUUCAUGGUCAGUGAAGAAGGAGAGAGCAGCUGCCCUAUGCACCAAAGCCAUUACCAGCCUGCAAACCUGCGGCCAAAUUGGCAUGUGGCCAACAUAGUGGAGACACUUAGGGAGGUCAAGUUGAGCCCAGAGGAGGAGCAAAGGACAGAUCUCUGUGAGUGCCAUGGAGAGAAACUCCUGCUAUUCUGUAAAGAGGACGGGAAGUUCAUUUGCUGGCUCUAUGAGAGGUCUCAAGAUUACCAAGAUCACCACACUUUCUUCAUGGAGGAGGUUGCCCAGGAGUACUGGGUAACAGACCAGGAUGGAGGAAAGACAGGGCAGAAAAUAGUACUUGAUGUGAAAUCUUUACUUUUGUUAGAAAAGUUGCAGGCAGCUCUGGACAGGCUGAGGACUCAGCAGCAGAAAGCUGAGAAGUUGAGCACUGACAUUAGAGAAGAGAAGACUUCCGAACUUCCAAAUCAAAUACUUCUUCUGGCUUCCAGUCUCUACCUAACAGCCCGAGUCCCUCUCUCUUUCUCAUUCCUGAAAAAUCAAAUACAAAAUGAGAGCCGAAGUGUCCAGGACUGUUUUAAACAACUGAGAGGCAUCCUGGAUACUGAAGAGCAGAAGGAGCUGCAAAAGCUGGCAAAGGAGGAGGGAGAUGUUUUCUGUGACCUGGAACAGGCUGAGAGUGAGCUGGUCCAGCAGACCCAGGUGUUGAGAUAUCUCAUGUCAGAGCUGGAGCAUCAGUUGCAGGGGUCAACAGAGAAGAUGCUGCAGGAUGUGAAUGGCAUCAUGGAAAUGUAUGUCGGGAGACCAGAGACGGUCCUUUGGUGCUGUGAAAAGAGAAGACCUGAAUUCACUCUGAAGAAGCCAAAAACUGUCUCCAAGAAACAAGGGAGAGUGUUCCAGGCUCCUGACCUGAGUGGGAUCCUGCAAGGGUUUCAUGAGCUUACAGAUGUGCAUCAAUAUCAGGGUAAGUAUCAUAAACCCUUGUCCUCAUUUUCUUUUCAGAAUUUUGUGUUUUUAUUGUCUCUGAUUUUGAGACCUACAAUUCCUUACCACAUACGUAUUAUGCUUCACCAGUUUGCCACGUCUGCAGAUCUGAGACAAGUGACAGAUGAGCCCCAUUCUGAUACAAAUAAGAACACUUCUGCUGUAAUUGGUGUACCAGUUAUCACAUCAGGGGAACAUUACUGGGAGGUGGAUGUGUCAGAGAAACAGGUCUGGUACAUGGGGGUAUGUGUUUUUAAAAAAGUCUCUGAUACCUCUAGCGAUCAACCUAAAACAACGAUGCUGGCACUAUCCCAUGAGCUUCUCAUCUGUAAAUUCUCUUCAUGUUCAUUUUCUCAGAAAAUUGAUCCAUAUUUUAAUCCCAUGACAUGUACUGGCCUCAUAACACUGUGUUCUCCAAGCUCUUAAAUAUUACACCUGCAUCUGCUUUGUAGUGCCUCUGGCCUUGAGUGCACCUAACACACUGAGCUUUUCUGCACUAUUUUCUCUAUUUUUUAUUGCUGCGUCUCUUUUUUUCCCAUUUCAACAUCCUUCAUUCAACAAUAGAGUUUACAAUUUGCCUUGUGUCAAGUAUAUUUUCCCCAAUGCCGUGUUUGUAUUAGUAAAGAAACUUAAUUCACUGUUUUUAUCAUCCUAAAGAAAAUGACUAAUGCAUCAUAAAAAAAGACCUGUGUGGAGGUGACAUCUACACUAAAUUCUUACAAUUUCAUUUCCUGUGCACUGAGAAGAAAAGGGAAAACUCUUCAACAACUUAUUUUGUAUGUUAUUCAAGGUUUUGUAGAGGAAACAUUCACUACAAAUGAGUUCUCAGUGGCAUAUCAGUUCAACCAUGAUGUUCCUUCUUCAUCAAAGACUGAAGGAGACAGUGUCAUAAAUAACAGGUACUAAGUGGAAGGUUUGUGUUCAUAGUGUCUGAGUCAAGUCCAAUCUCUCCCAAUUCAUGCAGUGUGACUUUGAAUAAGAUACUUGAAUGCUGGCUUCAUUUACUAAAAAUUGUCCUGGUAUAAAAAACAUACCAUCAUUGGGGUCAUUAUCAAAGAAAAAUGUCAUUAAAUAUGAAACAUGUUUAAACCUAAUAAACAUUUUCUCUACUGAUGACUGAGAAGUAUAAGCUGUGCCAGUGUCUCAUGAAAGAGGUUUGUGCCUUCAGGAGCACGAGGGCGUUUUUUUCUGAAGCCUCAUAUUUCAGAUGCUGGAUACCUCUGUGCUGCUGUCCAGAUUCUUGCAGCUCUGCCUGUGACAGAUGAGUGUAUAUAUGUAUGACACCGAGAAUUUUAUUAGAAUUCUGGUUUGCUGCAUAUUGGCCUUCAUCA